AUGAUUCGAGCCAACCAGGGUCACACGAUAGCACAAGUUAAUGCGCUGAACUUGAAACUUUUGACCAGAUCUGACUUUGACAUUAUACAUGGAACUUAUUUUGACUGCUAUCCAAGAAUCAAGAACCAAGGGUUGUCUCGCAUGAAAAGGAAUCACAUACACUUUGCCAAAGGACUGAAUUUUAUUAGCGGACUCAGAAGAAACGCCCAAAUCUUUAUUUACAUAGAUUUUCAAAAAGCAAGAGAUGACGAAAUAGAAUUUUUUGAAUCGGACAACAACGUUAUUUUAUCUCCUGGAAACUCCGAUGGUUACAUUGAACCUAAAUAUUUUCUGAGAGUAGUGACGGCAAGCGGUCAGGAAUUGUAA